ACAAAGGUUGACCAUUCCCAACCAAUCUUAUUACAUAUUGAGUAUUUUAGUUCUAAUAUUGCAAACGGAACACUCCAGGUACAUAGAACUUAUUUGUUAUUAUCAAAAAUUACAGAAUUUGAAAAGUUUCAACAAUCCUAUUAGAUGAUAAACUUGUUAACCAACUUCAAUGGUUCAAAGCAUACCGGGAAUAGGCUAUUAGAAGUCUAGCCGAAAAAAGUAAUAUAAAGAAAAGUUUAAAUCUAGCUGCAGAUUUUCUGAGAAAAGUAAAAGUUGGAUGACGAUUUAUUUACCUGGAGGAAAGGAGUAAAUACAACAUUUUAUAUUGCAGUCUGUAUAGCUAAGUGGCUGACCACUCAAGCUGUAGCAUUACCCACAAAGUAAUGCUGAACAUUUUACCAAAUUCUUGGAUGGAACACAGACCCCCUGAGAGACCAUUUAAAGCAUACCCACGAUCUCCAAUAUCAACUCAAUCAAGCCAGAGCUUUUAUCCGAACAUGCAGAACCCGAUGACAUCCCCAGCUGUAACAGCGUCAAUGACAAGUAUGGCAGCUGCAAUCGCGAUGCAGCAGUACCAAUCUCACCCACAAAUGGCACAUCAUUCCCAGCAGGAACAACCGGUGUGCAUGGUGACGAAAUCUGAACCUCCAUCACCUCCUCGUCCCUCAAGCCUCCAGAUGUCCGGCUUCAUUGAUAUCUCUGAGGGCCGGAAUGCUCCACCACCAGAUGGCUCUGGUAUGCCUAGUAGCACUGGGGGUAGUCUGGAUUACUCAAAUAGCCGAAAUGGUGAUAUGAUCAACAGUCGCUCUAGCAACAUAAUUACAUCACCCAUGAACUAUAACCGUAGCAACUCUUCACCUGCUGCAUCAAAUUCCGGAUCUGCCCCCUCCUCGUCAUCUGAGCAUCCCCGUGGUGCUGAGGGUGGGCUUGAUGAUCUCGACAAUUCUAGUAUGCCUCCCAAGAAACGCACACAGUCUGUUCCUGAUCAGAUGAAAGAUGGCGCAUAUUGGGAUAAGAGGAAGAAAAACAACGAGUCAGCCAAACGCUCUCGUGAUCAGCGUCGUAUGAAAGAGGAGCAGAUAGCAAUGAGAGUCGUGUUUCUUGAACAGGAAAACCUCCAAUUGAGAACCGAGGUCUCAUUGUUGAAAUCGGAGAUUGAAAAACUGCGAUGUAUGCUCUACAACAGUUAGAGAGGAGCUACUUAGGUAUGUCGGAACAUUCUAAAUGUAGGCAUAUUACUACAAAUAGUAAACAUACACAAAAGAUACCCCCUAACUGUGGUAGGGGAAGACAUAUGAAGGUUUGAUAUUACAGUCAAGCUUUUUGAUGCGUUGCAAUCUAGACAAUAGACAGAGAAUGGGAGAUUUGUCUCUAAUGUUACAACAACGAGGAUUUCACAGGAAAUUACACAGUGAAGAAAAAAAACAAUAU